AUGUCUGUGUCUAAAGGAGUGUGGUCGAACUUUGCGAAGCGGUCGCCAACUUUGGCGCUACGCAACAAGGCUCUUCGGACGGCCUUGCUGAGUCCUGGUCUUCCGCAUGGCCCAGUUUCCUUGAAGUCGAAAGCGAGCAGAAGGAAAUACCAAUCGAUCGAAGGUCUUGACCAAAUCUACCCGCUGGCAUACGAGGUUUUGGAGAAGCGCAGUGAGGACAUAUACGCCAAGAUUGACAGCCUCGACAAGAACAGUCCAACGUACGCUGAGCAGAAAGAGAAACUCGAAAUCUCGGCUGAAAAGUACAAUCCUGAGGUUGUGUAUAUGGCAGAGUACAUGAAAAAUAGCCUUGAUAGAACCCAGCCCGUUUUCAGACACUACCUGAAAAAAGCAUGGGAGGGCUACUCCAAGAUGCUGCUCAUGCAAAGACUAGAGACUUUGGCUGUUAUCCCAGACACACUGCCUACCCUGGAGCCAGAGGUGGAGGUCAAACUAAAGUUCCCACACAAUAACCAAGAUAGAUGGAUAGAACCGGGGACUUUACUCUCGUCAAACGUUACCAAAAUGCCUCCGUCGCUCGAAGUGAUUGAGUUCAAAGAGACUACCGGUGACCUGUACACUGUCUUGAUGGUCGAUCCGGACACUCCAGAUCUCGCUCAAGACAGCUACUCUACUACGCUUCUCUGGGGAGUGAAGGACGUUAAACUUUCCAACAGCGACUGCAUGAUUGACGCCAAGAAAUUGAUGCAAAAUGAAGACUGCGAGUUCGUCGAGUACCUGCCUCCCGUUUGUGAGAAAAACACAGGAAAGCACAGGAUCGCGUUUUGGGUGUUCAGGCAGGAUGGUCCGCUCGCCAACGCUCCAAAAGGACUCAGAAGAGAAUUCUUCAAGAUCAGACAGUUUGUCGAGGACAAUAAGCUCACACCGGUUGGAGCGCAUGUCAUUCGUACCUUGUGGGACAGGAACACAGAGAACGUGAGAAAGAUGUACGGUCUUCCCGAAGGACGUGUUUUCACGAAGGAGCGUGUGCCGUACUUGAAGAAGUGA